AUGUUAUCCGCCGACGCGCUGGAAGCGCUCAUCUUCGAGGUGAUUGAAGAGGAGCGCGACCCGGAGCUGACGGCAAAGGACAUUCGGCACAUUGCAGAGCAGAAGCUGGGGCUCCCGCGCGACGCCCUCUUUCCACGCAACCAGGAGAUCUGCAGAGUCGUCAUGAAGGCGGAGAGCCCCGUCGAGCGACUGUCGCCUGGCGAGACGGCGGCCGGCCGCCUCGCGCUGGCAAUCGUCGCCGCCGCUCUCAUCGCCUUCAGCGGCCUGCCGACGUCCCUGUGGUCGUGGGCCGGGCUUGCACUCCAGACGUAUCUCGGCAGCUACGUCGCACAGGCCGCCUUUGGUUUGGGGUACCGAUGGUUCGUCGUCAACAUCCGCCACCUCCCUCUCACGCCGGGCGAUGCCGGUCACGAUGAGUGCAACGCUCUCCUCUUCCCGCUGUCGACCGAGGGGCGUCGCGUGGCGAGGCGUCGCUGCUGCGGCGUCGACCACCUCGUCUACACUUGCGCAGACCUCUCGGACGGUGCCGACGCCAUCGAGCGCCUCACCGGCGUGCGGCCUGCGGCGGGAGGCAGCCACCCUGGCGUUGGCACGCACAACGCCCUCCUCUCGCUCGGCACGACGCACGGCCGCAUCAUCGCCUUCGCGGUCCACCCGGAGGCGGCGCGUGGCGCGAGCAUCGAGCUGCUCGCAGCGACGAUGCAGGGUCCGAGGCCGUGGCUGAUCGACUGGGGCGGAUCGGCCCACCCGGCCACCACCUCCCCUGUGGGAUGUUCGCUCGUCGGCCUCACCUGCCACGGCGCGCGUGCGUCCGAGAUGGGAGCGCUGCUUCGGGGGAGGCUGGGGCUACUGCCGCUCGGCGCGUCGGGCGGCGCCGUCGACUUUGUGGACGGCGGCGACGAGGCGGGUGGGUACCUCGUAGCAGAGCUCGAGACGCCAAAGGGGCGGGUGGUGGUCGGGGCGGCAUCAUCGCGGGCGCUUGGACGACGUGGGGCGACGCUUUGA